UCCAUCGGUGAACAGCGUAGUGGUGUGGAGCGGACUUCUAUCGAAGGGCUGUCGGAUAAAAUAACACAAAUACUAUACCUCCGUUUCGGUGGUAAAUCAUUUUAAGUGCUUUUCUUCUGAGAAUACCUGCUAUCACACAGAAUGGACACAUGUAGUCCGCACUGUUUCCCAAGUGAUCAAUAGUCCCAGCCCCAGGCAGGAGGUAAGGCCUAGAGAGGUGUCCCAGGCCCAGGCAGGAGGUAAGGCAUAGAGAGGUGUCCCAGUCAGGAGGUAAGGCCUAGAGAGGUGUCCCAGGCAGGAGGUAAGGCCUAGAGAGGUGUCCCAGGCAGGAGGUAAGGCCUAGAGAGGUGUCCCAGUCAGGAGGUAAGGCCUAGAGAGGUGUCCCAGUCAGGAGGUAAGGCCUAGAGAGGUGUUCCAGCCCCAGGCAGGAGGUAAGGCCUAGAGAGGUGUCCCAGUCAGGAGGUAAGGCCUAGAGAGGUGUCCCAGUCAGGUGGUAAGGCCUAGAGAGGUGUCCCAGGCAAGAGGUAAGGCCUAGAGAGGUGUCCCAGUCCCAGGCAGGAGGUAAGGCCUAGAGAGGUGUCCCAGGCCCAGGCAGGAGGUAAGGCCUAGAGAGGUGUCCCAGGCAGGAGGUAAGGCCUAGAGAGGUGUCCCAGUCCCAGGCAGGAGGUAAGGCCUAGAGAGGUGUCCCAGGCCCAGGCAGGAGGUAAGGCCUAGAGAGGUGUCCCAGCCCCAGGCAGGAGGUAAGGCCUAGAGAGGUGUCCCAGCCCCAGGCAGGAGGUAAGGCCUAGAGAGGUGUCCCAGCCCCAGGCAGGAGGUAAGGCCUAGAGAGGUGUCCCAGGCCCAGGCAGGAGGUAAGGCCUAGAGAGGUGUCCCAGGCCCAGGCAGGAGGUAAGGCCUAGAGAGGUGUCCCAGUCCCAGGCAGGAGGUAAGGCCUAGAGAGGUGUCCCAGCCCCAGGCAGGAGGUAAGGCCUAGAGAGGUGUCCCAGCCCCAGGCAGGAGGUAAGGCCUAGAGAGGUGUCCCAGGCCCAGGCAGGAGGUAAGGCCUAGAGAGGUGUCCCAGGCCCAGUCAGGCGUGAGUCAGUAUGUUUUAUUGACUUCCGUUAUCCUCCAAGAGUUGCUGAAUCUCUUCUCUACUUCAGUUUUCUCCUCAACUCAUGCACCUUGGGGUUUGGAGUGUGAGGUAGCAGCAGUGAUCUUUCCCCUUAGUCAGUCAGUAUGGCCCAGGCAGAUCCCCAACCCAGUGGGGGUAACAGCCCCCAGCUCAUCUCCCUCCAGUCGGACGUGUCCGAGGCAUCGGGAAACCACAUCGAGGUGGGCUCCGCCAACCGGAGGAAGAGGAAGAGGAAGGAGCCCAGACCUGAGUCCAUCAUUGUGUAUCGCUCAGACAAUGAGAGGGGGCCCGGGGAGGAGCAAGGGGGAGAGGAGGGAGGUGGCGAGAGGAGCACAGAGGAAGGGGCCAAGUUCCUCAACACACCCACCGGCGAAGGAGGCUGGAGCGACAGGAGCAUGCCCCCAGACAGCCGUUAUGUGACCUUGACCGGCACCAUCACCAGAGGGAAGAAGAGAGGUCAGGUUGUAGACAUCCACGUGACUCUAACAGAACGAGAACUUCGGGACAUGGCCCUCUCUAAAGAACGUCUGGACGCUGAGUGUGAGAGGGGCCAUGGCUCCAAGUGUUCCUGCGGUUUGGGGGUUUUUCAGGGCCCCCAUGUAAUCCUCUGGAGUUUAUUGUGUGCUCCCUUGGUAUUCCUUAUCGCCUUCGUCACUUCGUUUUACUACGGAACGCUGACCUGGUACAACGUGUUUCUGGUCUACAACGAGGAGAGAACAUUCUGGCACAAGAUCACCAUCUGCCCUUUCCUCAUCGUCUUCUACCCCAUGCUAAUCAUGCCCAUGGCUCUGUCCCUGGCUCUGUAUUCCACCCUGGCGCAGGUCUCCUGGGUUUUUAGUGAGUGGUGGUUGUCUGUCCGGGACCUGGAGAAGGGGUUCUGUGGCUGGGCCUGUGGGAAGCUUGGGCUUGAAGACUGUUCUCCAUAUAGUAUUGUGGAGCUUCUGGAUUCUGACAACUUCUCAGGGAGCAUGCAAGGGAAUAACAAGGUCCCCGGCGAGGAUGCUCAGACGUCCUCCGUGUGAGACUGGAUGUUGUGUUCACUAGGAAGAAAACGGAUCGAAACAGGUUAUUACUACCUGAACUUGUCUUUUGCAAUGGUGUACCUACUAAUGAAUAUAACUCUGCACUGGCGUCAUGAACACAAACACACAAACUCACAUAGUUGUCAUACUUUCACAAUUUUUUUGUUUGUUGAAUAUCAUCAAAAAAGCUGAUUUAUUGGUUUAACUUACACUCGUUACUAGUUUAUCUAACCUCGCAUUCUGACUGGUUGUUUAUCGAAGUGAACUCUGUGCUUAUUGUUCCAAUCACCAUGUUGUUGUUAUGUUUUAAAUGUUUUUUAAUUUUUUUUAUUUAUUUAUUUGAAUAUUUCAACCACUAGCUAGUUCAGCUGUAAGUGUUGUAAAUAGAUGUUUUGUAUCAUAGGACGGGGUUAUUAAAAUAUGUUUAAAUUAAAUGUACUGAUGAACAUGAAGGGUUGCUAAAAUACUGCCGAAAGUUUACUGUAUACGACACAGAGGAUCAAAGACAAGACCUAUUUAUCAAACAUAUUGAUCGAUUUCUGUUGGAAAAACUGUUGCACUGAAAUACUCGAUAAGACAGGCAGGAAGUUACCUUUUUUUUUUAAUAUCUAAUGUACCUGCAUGAAAUAAUACUUUACCUUUCUCUCUUUCGGGUUGAAGAGAUGACAUUUAAUGCUGUGGUAGGGUGGGAAAGAACUCUGGGGCAUUCAUUCAGCAGACAAGAAUGUAGAAUUAAGAUUUGAAGGAUUUUGGUCCGUACCUCUGUUCUCUAUAUAAAGGUUUGUGUGUGUGUGUGUGUGUGUGUGUUGUUCACUCACUCUUCACAUCAUGUUUGUUGCUCACCAUGAGAUAAAAUGUAUGGAAAUAAAACCUGAAUCAUUUUCACAGUU